GAGAGAGAGAGGAGGGAGGAUCACUGGGCUCCGCGAGCAUGCGAGGAUCAGCAGCAACAGAAUGAGACAGAGAGAGGGAUAGAGAGCGGUAAAGAGUGUGAGUAGAGCGCUUCAUAGGACUAAAGGACUAUCAGAUGAGAGGGGGACACCCAGAACAAGGGAGGAACAAGGGGAAUGUGGACCAAAGAGAAGUGCAAACCAGCAAUGCCAAGAAAAUCCUUUCAACUCAUCAUCUUCGGCCCACUGGUUAAGGACUGAGAGAAGCCUUAAAAGUGAUGUCCAAUCAGAAGUAGCUGAAGUAGUCAGGUCAUUAAUGGAGGAACAUUGGGAGUUUAUUGGAUAUUGAAUUCCUGUCUGCAGCUUCCACAUACAAUCGCUCUCUGGCCCACAAACAAACAAAUUCAUUUGUAUAAACCAAAGCUGGAAACAUUCCUGCCUUCAAUCCUGCUGACGUUGGCCGAUGUCACCGCAGGACUCCACCCUGUCGAGCUCUGCAGGGGGCUGAGCCAACCUGCAGAGGAGUAUGGGCAGGAGGGUGGCUGACCCAACCAAUCCAGUGCCUGCGCUGGGGGUUCCCCUGGCAGGGGGGCGAUGGGGCCCUCUUUGCAGUGUCGGGGUGCAAACAUCUCCCGGACUGCGGACUCUUCCCUCCAUCAAACGGCACGGAAGUCAACCAGUCAACAUGCAUCGACCAGUUACCAUGGCAACAGACAAAACAAGAACUCUGGAGAAGGCAGGAGUGAUCAGAAGUGACAGCAGCAGUCUGCCGGUGUCCAAGGAGACGUCUCAGAACGAGAUCAACAGCCUGACACAGGACGACAUGGGGUCACAGGGGUCAGGCAGUGGGAUUUACUGCCAGAUCAAAACUAUACGGACAAACCCAAAGGAGAUACGAGUAAAAAGGACAGCUCGGUAUACAAAUGGCAGUGUGGUAGCCUCUGAUGCAGUGGGAGGGGUAUGCUCUGAGUCCGCAGAAGGUAAGGAGCCACCCCAUGAGAGGAGGAGGGUGCAGUCUUUACGUGGAGAGGUCCAUCGCUCAGUUUUAAAGACAGGGAGCGUUUGUACCAUGGUGCAUGCCACACCACCACGGCCCUGUCGAGUGAUGGCGACUUCUCCGCCCAGCCUCUGCAGCACAUGUGGCAGGAGACGGUCACAGAUGACACCGUGCACAGGCGCAUGUCGCAGAAGGGCUGUCAAUCAAAUUACAGCAAGCCAGACUUUACCUAAUCCGUCACGGAAGCCAUCUGUGGCUCAGAACCAGUCAAGAAAAGAAUCUUCUCUGGACUCUAAGCCCCAGAGCAAAAACACGGACAGAGCAAACACCUCAACGCACACAUCAGUGAAGACUAGUCAAAUACCACAGCUGUCACACACUAUACCAAAAAGACACAGCUCACAUUCCAACAGCACAGCACAUACCCAGAACAAAGCUAAAGAUUCAAAGUCUCAGACAAGGCCACAUUCUGCAGACUUCACGCACUACAAGGACUCAGCCACGCAAACGGCAGAAACACAUAUGCACAACAACACUGACAAGACGGCAAAUAACACAAGUACACAACGCACACAAACACCAUUUGCAGAAAUGACAGAACCACAUUCAACAGACACACACAAGCACAACUUGGCUAAAGCCCAGCACACUGAUGAACACACACAACAGUACACACCAGUCCAUAUCACUCCUAAACAUCCAGCUUCUUCCCUCCACAGUGACUCAAAAUCUUCAAACACUCCAACACUCCCGCCCAAAAACUCUCCGGAACUCAGUUGUUCCAAACCAUCCACACCUGUAGCGCAAACCAAAAACAUCCCACAGGCCACAAGCGAGUCCAAUCAAUCAUCCUCAGAAAUGUCCAAACUCAAGGGCUACGCAAAACAGAAGAGCAAAUCAUUCGACGACCGCACUCUGCCUUGUAAGACUCAUCUGACAGCACAAUGUAACGGCGCUCCAGGAGGAUUGUUGACCGGACACGCGGUGAACGCACCCCGCGGCCUGGAGAGGCAGCUGCAGAGUGUGGAGGAGAACCUGGUGUCCAAUCAGGAGAAGAUCAAGGUUCUUCUCAACGUGAUUCAAGACCUGGAGAAGAGCAAGGCACUCAGCGAAGGUCGCAGCUCAUACAGAACUGGUCAGGACAUUAACAACUGCCCCACCUGCCAAAAGACAGCCUGCAUCAUCUACAGUGUAGAGCAUGAUUUCCGACAGCAGGAGGGACGCUUCCAGGGAGUUAUAGAGGCCCUGGAGGGGGACUAUGAUGUGCCUGCACCCACCCAGCCCAAGCCUACACCAGCCUCUAGCCGCCCCAGCACCAAGGACCGUGUGAAAAAACUCCGCAAGAAAUGUUUCUGGUGGCUGUAAACUUUGGAGAACUAAACCAAGGAAGAUGUAAUCAUAGGAGACCACCGUUCUGGAAUGAAACAUCGCUCUCAUGGUCCUGUGGGUGUGGCUUGUCUUUACGUGUCAUUAAAAUCAGUCGAGGCAUUUCCAACCCAUUGUCAGCUGUAAAAGAUAUCCAGCACCAGGAUCAGUUCAAGAGAGUAAAUGCACAUGGGUGGGAAAAGAGGACCAAACACGCUGUUAAACUGUCCUCUCAUAUCAGUCCGAGAGGUAAAAGGAAGAGCGGGAUCACUGGCUUCAGGUGCCAAUUUGUGAUUAACGUUAAACUGAAAGUGAGCAUAAUGUUUUCCCAGAACAGUCCUCUGACACAGAGAUGAAGAAUUGUCACUUUGGAUGAUAGACGGGCACACUGUUGGCUGAGUGGCUGUCUAGACAGAUGGACAGAUGUAUGAACGGAUUUCAGCCAUGAUUGUUUCCACGCCUACAGCUGGGAAUGAAUCUUCAUAACAAUUUUUGGCCAGAUUACAGCAAUAAGCAGCCGAAACAAUUUUGGAAUUAAACGACUAAUAGGAAUACUGCAACUUCAGAGAGCAUGACGGCCAAAGAUUUGAUGUAGCAACAACUGAAGGACCCAGAGGAUUUGGAUUAAACAAGCUGAUGAGCUUUUCUGGAAACAAAGAGACAGCAGGCUGGAUAGGUAUCAGGGUUUUUGGAGAGCAGCGUGGUGAUUGCAUUAAGAAUACAUUAAGAGACAAUGAGAUGAGCAGCUGAUCACAGACUGACAGCCCACGUCAGAUUAUUCAAAAUACUGUCAAUGCUGUCUGACAGGGUGAUUGAUUCUGUCCUUUAUUACCAUCCAAAAAGGAAGUGUUUUCUAUGGAAGCUCACGCAUACAUACACACACACACACACACACACACACACACACACACACACGUGCAUACAAAUCAAUACAUAAAGAGGCAGAAAUAUACAGAAACUAGAAUACACAUAAGCAAGUACUCCACACACAUUCACCUCCAAACCAAUGCAAAAUAGAGUUACACCAGUUUUCACUUCACAGUUAGCUAUUCAUGUUUUAAAGAUGUGUCUAUAUUUGCAAAUUCUGAGCUGAUGAGGCACCUCCAAAUUCUCGAUUUAUUACAUCCAAACUAGUUUCUGUGUUUGUUUUGUGAAGCGGAAGGCCAACUAAUUUAACAAGAUUUGUAACAUGUAUAAUAUUUCAAAUUGAUUGGAUUUUUCUAGAGAUAAUAUAACAGAUAUCAAAAAAAUAUCUCUUUUAAUCACGUGAAAGAUUAUGACUUUCCUACUGCUACUGGAUACAUGCCUUGUAGUGGACUAUUCAGGCCACUCUUCUGUCAGCUGGUUCAUUUAGCUGCAGGCCUACACAUCACAAUAUAUAACAAAUCUGUGUGAACCAUAUCAGGCACAAAUACUCCAGACAUGCCUAGUGUUAGAAAUGUAAACCCUGAAUUCUGCAAAUCGUUUUUCAAUGUGUUUAGUCUUGUUGCCAUCACACUCUUAUUUUGCACACACAGGAACAAAACAAUUUGCACUCUGCUUAGUUAACAGCAGUUAAGAGCGUAACCACUAAUCUCAUAUGGGCCUACUUCAGCUGCUUUUGGACGACAAGAUGCCUCAUGUUAGUCUCCUGGGUGACACAGCACAUUAACUAAAAUCAAUCCCAUGAUGCCCCGUUCUUCCUGAUCUUCCUCUCGUAUGUACAAUAAAAGUGUGUAUUUUAAACAA